AUGGCCCACUAUUUUCAAUUUAUCACCCUGAGUCAGAUCACUUCUAUAAUAAUCCAACCGCCCGAGGAGGAUGCAUGGCAACAAUUUAUGCUUCCAGUCGACAACUACACAUUCAAAAGUCGGAGUCGAGCCCAUUGGGAAACACAGAUAGUCACUCCUAAUACUUGGUCCAGAGUACUCUCCUUAACACCUAACAAAUGGAAACAAUAUUGGAAGAUUUUAUCCAAUGCCAAACAACAACAUCCUUACCGGUUGGAAGAACUACAUAGGGUCCAGCUAGGACACCGUCGACACUAUCCACCACCACCAACUGAUGGUGUGUGUCACCUUUGUCUCACACUGAUUGACUCUACAGACUAUCAUGACCAUCUCUACCUACAUUGCUCCAUUAGUAAAGUAGUAUGGCAAAAGCUACAUAUUUCCCUCCCUCAAGAAUGGAUUACUAUCAUCGCUAACUACAACCUUAAUACUACACAACUUCUCUUGCUAAAUCGAUACCUGCACAUCAUCCACCAAUUGUACAGUCUACGACGACUAGCGUAUAAGGAGGGUAAUGUGCUCGAUCCAUUAACUCUCCCACUUAUUAAAAAUUGGGUAUCAUAUUUGUCUUCAUCAUUAUAAAUCUAUCUACUUUAUUAUCUACAUACUAUGUCCAAUAAGAAUUUAUAGCGAGAUAUAAAAUUAUAUAUAGAGUGAAUAAA